AUGGGUCAGGUUCUCCCCACCCACCGACUCGCACACUCACCGUACGGUGGUGUCGCACAACCGGCCGUAACCCAGGCGAUCCGAUUGUUAUCCAAAGGACCCUUCCCCGUCAACGCUCACAAAGCCCGCCCCGAGCGACAACACUGGAGCCUACAGAACGUCUGCGUCGAUCCCUUUUCCGACCUUCCCAUGGCGUACACCACCAACGGAGAAGAUUCGCAUCUGGCUCCAUCCGCAUUCUCUUGCAACUCUUACUCCUGGGUCCACAUUUUCCCGGAAGGCAAAAUCCACCAGGCACCGAACAAGACAAUGCGCUAUUUCAAAUGGGGUGUUGCUCGACUGAUUCUAGAAACCAAUGAAUGCCCUGACGUCGUCCCUAUGUGGGUAGAAGGGUUUGACCAAGUCAUGCAUGAGAGCCGAGAGUUUCCACGGUUCCUCCCACGACCGGGGAAGGACGUUAGUGUCACCUUCGGACAGAAGGUUGAUACCGACGCAGUGUUCGGGGAUAUGAGACGGCGAUGGCGGGAUUUGAAGGCCAAGGCCGAAUUGAAAUCUCCGGAGACUCGCGACCUCCCCGUCGGCGUGUUGAGCGACGAGCUUCUUAACGGAAAGGAGGCAGUUGAGCUGCGGAAAGAGGUCACCAAGAAGGUUAGGGACCUUGUGUUAGAUGUAAGGCGGUCGCGGGGGCUGCCCGAUGAGGAUCCAAAGGAAGGUCUUGUUGAGACAUGGAUUCAAGAAGGACCAAAACGGGAAGGGAAGAUGGAUGAUGAAUCCGUCAUUUCCAACUCUCUCCUAUCCUCCACCCUCACACAUCCCUCGAUGCCCAAAAAGCAUCAUAGGUCUACUUUCACCAAACCGGCUAGCACCGCUCACCAUACCCUAGCUUCCUCUGGCCCCCGAGAUGAUCGCUUCCGGUCGUCAGCAAAUGAGCAACCGUCCGUCAACGACCUGAUCAGCCAUCUCCGCCGUACUCAGGUUUCCAGCUCUCCUUCCGACGAUGGCACCAGAACUACUUUCAGGACAGUCGCACCGCGAUCCGUCCAUCCCUCGCUGCGGAAUCUAUUAGAGAUCCCCGAAACCCCGCCUCCCCGCCCUCGUCCGGAUGCCCGCCGCGCCGGAGUUGGUGGGCGACGGGUGAGAAGGACCGCUGGACCACCGCCACCUGAGAGCUGGUUGCUGGGAAACUAUUCGCAUGAGAAUCCAGAGGGAACUGGUAUAGAAGCUGGUGCAGCGGAAACCGAGAGAAUCAUAUAUCGGCUGGAUCGCCUCCCGGGGACGACAUUUCCCCGAAGAACCACCCUGCUACAUAUGCUGCUGAAAUCUAUGGCUUUGCAUUGGGCUUGGCAUCUUGAAUAUGAUGGGGAGUUCCUUGCACUCCUACCUAGUCAUAUCAAGGUGCUGCUGCUCAGCUAUAUCAGCAUUCACGCGAGAGACCAGCCGUUGCGGGGUAUGAUGCAUGGUCUAAGACCGCUGAUUGAGAAACAUCGGCCUGAGGCAGACGAUAUAUCGCAGGAUAAUGAUUUGGAGAUAAGCCGUCUAGAUCUAAGUGGCGCCUUAGGACGCUGGAUUACCUGGAAACAACUCUCUAGCGAACUGCUGGUGUCCGCGAAACCCAGUACCGUGCAACAUACUAUGAAAAAGCCCAUCCCAGCGUCCUGGGACGAUGAAAUGAACGAGGAUGACAGUCCUACCAUCGCCGGAGAUACGCUCCUCCCUAAAGGUGUCACCCAAGGAUUGCGCUUUGAGAAUCUCCGUUACCUCUCACUUGCACAUCCAAUCCCAUCUGCUACUGACUGGAACUCGCUCAUCAACCUCCUCUCCCGCCUCUCGACCAUAACACAUCUGUCAUUAGCACAUUGGCCUGUCCCAACAGUCACACCAAAUUCCAUUAAUGCCAGUGUACGACACCCAACGCAAAGGUCCCUAACCUUCGCCUACGGCGGCACAGACGCAUAUUCCUCAUUCGAGAACAACUGGGCCGAAGCAGCCGGUAUCCUGCGGAGGCUCUCUCGCGCAACUUACUGUCUGAAAUGGCUCGACCUGGAAGGCUGUGGCGACUGGGUCCCAGCACUAGAUUGGGAUGGCGUUGGGCCAGAUGGUGAGGCGUACGUCGCCGGUCCGGAAUGGAAUGGGUCAUGGAGAGACAUCGAGUUUGUCCGUCUGGGCCCGGGAUGGCUUCCUCAUAUUGAUGAUAGCGAGUUACUGCCUCUUCCCCUUUCUGGACAACAUGGCGCUGAAUCUUCAUCUCACGCGUCGCCAUCUUCCGUGCCUCGUUCUCUAGCAUUCUCAAUGCAUGCUCCGUCUCCUGAUCAGCCCACGGAUUCUGAUGAUCUCCCAUGGGACGUCGAAGUGGAGCGAGUCAAGUAUCGUCGCGAGAAGGAGCUCGAACGGUAUCGGGAAGCCGUGAAAGCUGCAAAAGCAGUUCAGCAGCGGGUACAGCGGACAAGAAAGGCGGGCAAGGGAAAGUGGGUUCAUUUUUCUUUUGGUUUAGAAGGGUUAGAAGACGGUGUCCUUAGACAGUUGCUCGGGAAGGAGUAUCUGAGUCUUCUACCUUGA